AUGAAGCUUCUCUACGUCGUUGCAAUUGUGGCAGCUUCGGAUCAAUCGAACGUUGAUUUUGAAGGCAUUCAUGCUGUUGAAAGAAAUGAUUCGGAGCUUGGAGUCACCGAUGUUGAUGCUGGCGAUGAUGAAGGCCGAACGCCGCUCAUUUAUGCUGCGCAUAAAGGUCAUGCAAGCCUCGUUAAAUUACUGCUUCACAACGGGGCUGACAUCGAUAUAAAAUUCGAAAAAACUGGCGCAACUCCGCUCGAUUUGGCUAUCUUCAAAGGUCAUGACGAUGUAGUUAGGCUUCUCAUCGAAAAUGGCGCUGAUAUUGAUAUUCAAGAUGAAUUCGGAUCGAAACCGUUACACUACGCGGUUUAUAAAGGCAACGAGAAUCUUGUCAGGUUACUAAUUGAGAACGGGACCAACGUUGAUUGUAAAAACAAUUAUGAAACCACACCACUUAUGAUUGCUUCAAUGAGAGGUUAUGACGAAAUUGCACAAUUACUGGUUGAUAACGGCGCUGAGAUAAACAGCUCGAUUGUGGUUAACACUACGAUUGGGUUGAACAUUGACAAUAAAACAAUCUACAGUGUGCCCAUCCAUCUCGAUCGCACUACGGCCAUACAUUUUGCCGCUUAUGCAGGUCACGAAGACGUAGUCAGGCUUCUCAUUGAUUAUGGAGCUGCUCUUAAUAAUGAACACACUACGAUGUAUACGCCACUAACUCUUGCGGCAAGUGAAGGUUACGAAGAAGUAACAAAAAUUCUCAUUGAACACGGUGCAGAUAUCAACGCUAAAGCGCACGGUGGAAAAAAAGCCUUGAAAAGUUACAUAAAAGAAAUGGGUUUGCUCAUCGAACGAGGCGCGGACAUUUAUAAUGAAACCAAUUUCCAGGAGAAUCUAUUGACAUUUGCUUCCAAAGGAGUUAGAGAUGAUUUCUUUUAUUUUGAACCGUUUGGUACGGCUUUGCAUCUUGCUGCUUGUGAAGGAAAAACGAAUAUAGUCAUGUUACUGAUUGAAUACGGAGCAGACGUGAACAGUAAAAAUGAUAUUGGUGAAACUCCACUAAUGCUAGCAGCACGAAAAGGUCACGAGAACAUCACUGCAACACUAAUUGAAAACGGGGCUAAUGUCAACACCUCACUCUUCAGUGGCAGAACUGCACUUUAUUAUGCCGUUCAGAAAGGAUAUUACAACAUUGUCAAAAUGCUUAUUGAGAAUAGCGUGGAGAUUGACAGUAGGACCAUUUACUACGAGACACCAUUGAUGCUUUCAUCUAGGAAAGGAAAUGAUAGGAUCACAAAGAUGUUAAUUGAAAAUGGAGCCAAUAUCAAUGCCAAAGAUAUUUUUGGUGAUACAGCUUUACAUGGUGCUGUCGAAGGAGGUCAUGAGCACGUGGUCAAGCUUCUUCUCGAAUACGGUGCAAAUGUUCAAUCAAUUAGCCGGUUUAGUGGAACACCCAUGGAACUUGCCGAGAAAAUUGGUUCCACGAAGAUAGCUGAGAUGCUGAAAUGUUACAGCGAAAAUAAAAACCAACAUAUUUCUACAAAACGCCUUUUGAUAGGAGAUGAAAAUAUGGUAAGAUCAUUGGUGGAAGAUGAUACCGAUGUCAAUAACGGAUAUUUCAAAUAUGAACCUCCCCUAAUUUUGGCCAUCAUGACAGGUCGUGCUAAAAUGGUGAAACUUCUUAUUGAACUUGGCGCUAACCCCAAUAUCAAAUCUCGUCGUGGAUAUUCUCCCUUACAUCUAGCUGUUGACAAAGGGAAUGAAGAGGUGAUCAAAGCACUGAUUCAAGGUGGGACCAGCAUGAAAACUACGGGUACUUUUGGUAUGCCAAUACUAAUGGAAGCUAUCACAAAAGGUCGAGUAAAUAUUGUGGAAUUACUCAUUGAACAUGGUGCUGAUUUCAAUGAAAAAUGGAAAUUGAUAACUCCACUUAGAGCUGCUAUAUUAAGAGGUAGAACGUCGAUUGUCAAAUUACUCGUGGAGAAAAAAGUCAAUGUAAACCAACCGAUCUCUUUCGGUAUAGACUAUGGUUUGGCUGGCCAACAAUGGUUUUCCGGUGAAACACCUUUAAUGUGUGCUGUCAAAAAAAACCAUAAGGAAAUUGUUGAAUUACUACUCAAAAACGGCGCCGAUGUUAAUGCUACCGACUAUCGUGGGAGAACAGCGAAAGAUUUCGUCAGAAGAGGUCAUUAUGAUAUUGAAAAUCUGCUCAUCAAAUACGAACACUCGGAACAACAAUCUAGCUACGACGACGAAAAUGAAAUAACAGUGAUAGAUUUCAAUGUUAUGAUGAAUAUUUCGGAUAACAUUAGGGCAUUGAGGAGUUCAGUUCAAAUACAGAUUCCGCACAUCAACCUGUCUGACUUUAAAGUCUGCUUGCAAGAUUUAAUUUGUUUUGACCAUCUCGAUGAAUCGCAUACUUUGGCAGAUGUAUUCCCUGAAUUCGAAGGCUCCUCCGUACAAGUUAAUGUGGUAAUUUGGAUUGGUGAAGAACGAAUCAAAAUCAUCCGUAUCUUUGAACCAUUGGAAGAGAUAACUCGAGCCACCAAAAAUGAAUCCCCAUUUCUAUCACCGAAUCAUAUGGAUAUGAUUGGCUAUGAAAAUGCCAUGAAAUUAGCUGAAAACGAUAAGAAAGAACCUCGACCAAUAAAUGAUAUUCCAUUUGAACCCUAUCAUGAUCUUGUAAAAACACCUCCAGAACGUAAAGAAUUAACAAAUGAACAAGUGCAACUGCUUCGUGCAGCUAAUGAAGGCCAAGACAAAUUAAUGCAAGAUUUGUUGAAAAAUGGAACUGAUGCCAAUAUUAGAGACAAUGAAGGAAGCACACCACUAAUUUAUGCGGCUGUGAAUGGCUAUGAUAGUAUUGUUCGGAUGCUUAUUCAACAUGAAGCAAAAAUUAAUGUGAAAGAUAAUCGCGGUCGAACAUCAUUACAUUAUGCGACCGAAGGAGGUCAUGAGGAAGUAGUAAAAUUGUUAAUGCAACACGGAGCAGACCCACAAAUAAGAACUCCCGGUGAAACACCGAUGGAUCUGGCUGAAAUGAACGCUCCUCAACUACAAGACUUAACCGAUGAAAUCGUAGUUCAACAGCCGAAAAGCGGUAAUUCAAAAACGUUUUCCAUGAACAAACAGGAAAUUGAAAGUGUGUCAAUUACAGAUUCAGGCAAUGAGAGUGCUUUAGUGGAAUCAAUCACAAAUCGAACUGAUAUCGAAAUCAACGAUGAUGAAACAGCAUUUCCAACACUUUACGUGGCUACAGUUUUUGGAUUUGGUGAAGUUGUUGAAGCAUUAACUCAAAAUGGUUCAGAUGUUAAUUUCAAUGACAAAAAUGGCUGGAUUCCGCUGCACACAGCCGCCGCUUUCGGUCAAGAAGGGAUUGCAGAUAUUUUAAUACAAAAAGGCGCUAAUGUCAGUCUCACUGAUAACAAUGGGUGGACACCACUCUUCGUGGCUGCUGCCUCCGGACAUUCAAAGAUUGUUCAAUUGCUCAUCAAGAAAGGAGCGGAUGUUAAUCUAAAAAAUAACGUUGGAUUGACACCACUUCAUGCGGCCGCUGAUUUUGGACUUGAAAAAAUUAUGGAUAAAUUAAUUAUAUUCAGUCCAAAGGUGACGGUUAAUCCAUUCAGUGGACGGACUCCGCUUCACUUGAAUAUUGAUUCUGCCCUUGAAAAAGUCGUCGCUGUGCUAAUCGAAAAUGGAGCCGAUGUCAAUAUCAAAGAUAACAGUGGCAGAACACCACUUCAUACUGCGGCGCAUUCUGGAUUUGCUAAAAUUAUCGACAUUCUCAUCCAACAUAAUGCAAACAUCGACGCUGUUGAUCAGAAUGGAUGGACUCCACUUUUCUAUGCUGCAGCUAUUGGAGAUGAAAAGAUCAUCAAACUCCUAGUGCAAAAUGGGGCAGAUAUCAACUUGAAAGAUAACAAUGGAACAACAAAUCUUCAUUCUGCCACAUUUUUAGGCGACAGAAAAGUGGUUGAUAUUCUUGUGCGUAAUGGCGCAGAUGUUAACUUGGAAAAUGAAGACAAAGAAACUGCAUUGCAUAUUGCAACUGUUAUAGGUCGGGAAGAGAUCGUUGAGCUACUGGUGAAAAAUAAAGCCGAAGUCAACCGUAGAAAUAGGAACGAAAAGACUGCACUAGACAUAGCUGUUGAGAAAGGCUUUGGCAAGAUCGUUGAAAUACUGGUUCAGAAUGGUGCUGACACUACUGAGAAAGACAAAGACGGAAAUACAAUACUCGAUAUUGCCAAUGAAAAAGGUGCAGAUACUUCUAUCGUUGACAUACUUAAGCGCGGUGCUGAGGUAAACGACAAGGAAGAGCAAAAAAUUAUGGAGGUGGAAAAAGAAGGUGUAGAACAAAAGGACAAUGAAAAAGACAAACAAGAAAGCAACUAAUGACUUUAAAUCGUCAUCAUACCCAAAUUGAUAUUUUUCAUCUAUACUUUUGCAUAUAAGUUUCACUUCAAACUGUCGACUUGACUUUCAUCAUCGAUAUUUU